AUGGAUCUAACCCUUCUGCUGAACCGCUGGGUGGACCCGUCCUUCGCUGAAUUGCCAGGAGAAAGCUUUGCUGUGUCCAGAAGGAGAAAGGCUGUGAGCUCCAAGGCUGAGGUAAAGAAGCCCAGGAAGAGGGCAGGAGAGGCACGCCGCUCAGAGCCCCCAAACCCCCCCCUGCUGAGAGAGCCCGCCCCCUGGGACCAGGAUGACUCCUGGGUGGACAGACACUCGCCCCGUUCACAGGCUGAGCUGGCUGUCCACAAGAAGAAGAUCGAGGAAGUGGAGAGCUGGAUAAAAGUUCACACAAACACAUCAAAGGGUGGUGUGUUGCUGCUGACGGGACCCUCGGGCUGUGGGAAGACUGCCACAGUCAAGGUUCUAUCUCUGGAGCUGGACCUCAGGGUUCAGGAGUGGACUAACCCCUCCAACGAGGAGCCAUACAGCAGCAGUCAGCAUGAAUGGAGGACGAAUGGUUUGUCCUUCACCUCCCAGUUAACCCAGUUCCAGGACUUCCUUCUCCGAGCAAACAAGUACAAGUGCCUGAAGAUGGUUGGUGAUGAUAGAGCUACAGACAGGAAGUUCAUACUGGUGGAGGAUUUCCCAAACCAGUUCUACAGGCAGCCUGACAGCCUGCACGAUAUCCUCAGGCGCUUUGUGAAGACCAGUCGGUGUCCCCUGGUGUUCAUAGUGUCAGACAGUCUGAGCGGAGACAGCAGCUCUCGCCAUCUUUUCCCCAAAGAGAUCCAGGAGGAGCUGGACAUCAGCAGCAUCAGUUUUAAUCCGGUGGCUCCAACCACAAUGAUGAAGGUCCUCUCUCGGAUUUCCACCCUGGAGGCAGGCAAGAGCGGGGAAAGGAUGUGCGUCCCUGACCAGGCAGUGUUGGAGAAGCUGUGUUCAGGUAGCUCAGGAGAUGUUCGCAGUGCCAUCAACAGCCUCCAGUUUUCCUCGCUCCCAGACACGUCAUUGGAAAAGGGGCUGUUGAGGAAGGACCGACAGGGGACAUCACUGGGCAAAGCUGUUUCCAGAACAAACCAGAGAAAGAAGAGGUCUAAACAGAAAAGGGAUCAGGAAGAGGAGCAGGCUAUUGGAGGGAAAGAUACUUCUCUGUUCCUGUUCAGAGCUCUGGGGAAGAUCCUGCACUGCAAACGAGGGAAACAGGAAGAUGUUGAAGUGGUUGAGAGUCCCCCUGGACCCCCUCUACCCUCUCACCUGUCUCAUCAUCACAGAGAAGCGUUACUCGUAGACCCUGAGUUUGUUGUUGAGCGCUCACACAUGUCCGGGGAGUUCUUCAGCCUGUACCUCCACCAGAACUACCUGGACUUCUUCUCCGAGGUGGAGGAUGUGGACCGAGCCAGCGAGUAUCUGUCUGAUGCUGACCUCCUCAAUUCUGAUUGGACGAGUCGCAGCACCAUGGAGUAUUAUGGGUCUUCAGUGGCCACAAGGGGCUCUGCACUCCAAACCGCAGCAGGUUUUCUGUCGGCUCAGACCGCUUCACAGCCAACGGCUACUGGUCCAACAAAAAGCAAGACACACACAUCGUGCUCUGUCAUUGGCUCUGAGUUAUUCAUGAAUGACACCGAUGGUUGCCCUGUCAGCACCGAGAGAAUGGCUUUUUUGCGCUCCAGUCUUCUGUCAGGGACUUCGCCACACCGUCCAGCUGCAGACCUGAGCUGCUGCCCUCACCUGCCAAACUCAUCACAACCCCUGAGGAACCAAGCUCAGAUAGCUUUUAUCCAGGAUGUGGGUCACAUGUCGCUGAGGAGGCUCCCCGGCAGAUUAAAGCUGGAGGCUCUGACAGACAAAGAGCCAGCCCAGCCGGAGAGAGACAGUGAGGAGGAAGAGGAGCAGAAAAAGGAAGAGGAAGGUCAGGCUGGGGUUGAGGAGGGAUUACCUGAAAGUCAGCCCCAGCCUACAACAAGCCAAGAACUUCUAGAGGAGGAGGAGCUGCUCAUAGAGGACUACAACAGUGACUAACACAUCCACUGUCAUACUGUGACACAUUCACUAUUUCACUGGAUGUUCUUAUGAAUGAGUUUUGGCUUGGUAUGGAGGAGGAUCAGCGACACGUGAAAAAAACAAGACCAGGUCUGAGAUUGACAAAGGAAAAACAAUGUUACUAUUUAAAAGCUGGUAUACUUUCACUUUCCCCUCAGAAUUCAGACCUUUGAGAAUUUAGAUUUGUAUUCAUACCUGAACCUGUACUCCAUAGUGUGUUGAUGACUGUGAUACUAGCUCUGGUAUCACCGGUGUUUUUGCCUCAUUGAGGUGUCACCUGUAUAAGGUAAGAUUGUUUUGUCUAAUGGAAGCUGUGAUUCUUAAGCUGAAAAAACAGGCUCAUGAUAAUAUGAAAGCAUGGGGAUUCAUUUCUCCUAAGUGGCCCUUAACAGUUCAGUUGUGCCAGUUAAAAUAUUGUCAGUAUUUAUUGUGUGAAGUGUAUGUUCAGCACUUGUUGUUUUUUACUUCACAUCUCUUUGCUUUGCUGAGUGACUGUUGAACCUUGGAUGAACCUGUAAUGGAGAACCGUCUGUGAACAAGCAUUAAACUGACAUCUUUUACAUUCACCGUCUUCCAUGGGCGGAUGGGAAAUUACAGUAAAUGCCUUUUUGAUGGACAAAUAGUUUAUUUCUUAAGAUGAAUGUGAAUAAAAAUAAUGUGUGAAACUGA